AUGGCCACGAAAGACAGCCUCGAUGUCCAGACUCGCAGACAAUCGCGAGCCGAUGAUGCUUCGGUGCAGCUAGACAUACCGUCCGAGAGGUACAGCUCAACUCAAGACCGUCAAGUGUCUGCAACGCUCGCCGACGCAGAAUCAUUCCCAGAGCCCCAGAUCGCAACAUUCGACACGGCCAAACCUCGAACAUGGCGCGCACCGAUGAGCCCUUCCUUCAAGAAGGUCUACCAACAAUUGCUAGGCUUAAACCCGUUUAAAUCCACCUACUUGAGUCUUUACGACCCUCUGGAUUCCGCCGCUGAGAAGACUAUCGCUAUCAGCAGUGCCUUCUUCGCGAUCGUAGCUGGAGUGCCGUUGCCUGUGAUCGGUUACAUAUUCGGCCAGAUCAUCAACGAAUUUCCGCCUCCAGAGGAUGCCCUCUACCAAAGACUCGUCCAACUUCUUGGAGUCGCCGUGGCAUAUUUUGUGGUCACGACAAUCUAUACCAUUGGCUUCGGGCUGACAGCCGAAAAUGUGUCGGUCAAAUUACGCAGACAACUCUUGGAAUGUCUGCUGCGCCUGGACCAAGCCUAUCUGGACACACAUGAUAUCGACGUCAAUGGCUACCUCACCGAGAAGAUGGAUACCAUCCAGGCUGGGUGCUCUGAAAAGGUCGGCAUCUUCAUCCAAGCAAUGUCGUACUUCGUUGCUGCAUUUGUUGUCGGCUUCAUCCUGGACGCAAAGCUGACUGGAAUUCUACUUGCAUCUGUGGUACCCGCGAUCGCUCUGAGCUUUGCACUUCUGUCGCCUGCUGUGUCGAAAGCUAGUCGAGCUGUGUCAAAGCAGAACGAAAAAGCCAAUGACAUCGUCGAGAGCGCACUUGGCGCUGUGAAAGUGGUGCAAGCCUUCGACAUGGUCGGAGAAAUCUAUCGCAGGCAUCUUGAGUACAUGGAGCAAUCUACACGUUUGAGUGUGAAGAAAGCCGUCCUGGCUGCGAUGCAAUCAGGGUCAGUGUACUUCAUUGCAUAUGCUGCGAACGCUUUGGCUUUUUACGUUGGCAGCAGAAUUGCCUCGAAUGGCAAUGCCGGAACUGUGUACGCGGUCGUGUUCCUCAUCUUGGAUGCAUCUUUUGUGGUCGGCCAAUUUGCCCCGUUUCUUGAAAUCUUCGCGCGAGCAGCUGCAGCAAAGGGUACUAUCCAGGAUCUUCUCGACACUCGCAGGGAUGCCGCGAAUGCUGGAACAUACCAUCGAUCCGACAACAAGCCUAGUCUCCAUGGCCAAGACAUCAAGAUACAGGGUGUGGAGUUCAUGUAUCCGGCAAGACCAACAGUAAAGACACUCGAUGGAGUCAAUCUCACCUUUCGGGCUCGCACCUUUACAGCCGUCGUGGGAACCUCUGGUGGUGGAAAAUCGACUCUGGUCGCCUUGUUACUUGGCAUCUACAACUAUUCAGGAGGUAUAAUGGUUGGCGAUGAUGACGUGAAAAGCAUCGAUUCGAAUCACCUUCGUUCGCAGAUUGCCGUGCUGGAUCAGGACACUAUCUUGUUCACCGGCAGUCUCUUCGAUAAUGUGUGCUAUGGACUGAUGGGCCAGACUCUGUCUGAGCAGGAGAAGGAAGAACGCUGCCAGCAAGCGCUCAGAGACGCGAACGUGGACUUUUUGAAGCUCCUUCCACAUGGUGUGCACACUAUUCUAGGCAACGAGACUCAACUUUCCGGUGGCCAACGGCAGAGGGUGUGUCUGGCUCGGGCACUGAUUAAGCGUCCUGCUGUCCUGAUCCUGGACGAGCCCACUAGUGCCCUGGAUGCCAGAAGUGAGGUAGCAGUCAUGGAUGCCGUCAAGAACGUUGUGGCCAAUGGCACAACUGUCAUCAUGAUUGCUCACCGCCUGAGCACUACAUUGACGGCGGAUCAUGUUGCCGUUAUGAGUAACGGGAAAGUGGUAGAACAAGGGGGUCCCAAGGAGCUAUCAGCGGAAGGAACAGUAUUCCGUGGCCUCCUCGAUGCACAAAAGACCAACUUCGAGGACAGGGAUAGCAGUCCGGACGAGAUGAGUGACUUGACUGCUGCUCGCACAAAAUCUGCUCCCUCUGGUAUCACCUCAGCCGCCGAUGCACAAGCUGCAAAAGACAAUAGCGAGCAGACGAGCAAGGGCCCGAAAAUGGGAGCGUGGGAGCUGUGCAAACGAAUUGGCAGUAUCGCACGGCCAGAGGUCUGGCUAGCAGCUGCGGGCCUGGUUGCUUCCAUCAUCAGCGGCGGCAUCUUGCUCGGCCAGACUUUGAUCUUUGGUCGACUUGUCGAUCUUCUGAACCAAGGUCGCGCCAACCCCAACUAUGAGUCGCGAGCGGACUUCUUCUCGCUCAUGUUCUUUGUGUUGUCACUGAUUGCACUUGCUUCAUACAUGACAAGUGGCACUGCCUUUGGAGUAACUUCCACUCGAAUUACUGGCCGGGUUCAGGGUCGCCUGCUGCACAAGAUUCUCCACCUGGACAUCCAAUGGUUCGCCGAACCAGGCCACUCGACCCACCGACUCAUGGAGGCCUUCACCAAGGAUCCCGGGGACGUCUCUGCGCUGGGCGGUGUUGCACUUGGCGCAAUUUUCACCAUCAUCACCUCCGUCAUGGGCGGCAUCAUCUUGGCUCACGUUGUAGCAUGGAAGAUUGCUGUCGUUCUGCUGGCAGCCGUACCUGUCAUGCUCUUUGCUGGCUAUGCAAGACUGCGUAUUCUGACACACUCUGAAGUUCAGCAUCGAGAGGCCUAUAGUGGAGCUACAAGUCUUGCGGCCGAGGCCUGCAGAAACAGGCGGGCCGUCACUGCCCUCUGUCUGGAGGAACACAUCGUCAAGGAAUACCACCAGUCUCUCCGCAAGCCCUACCGGAAGAUCAGGAACUUUGUCUUCUACGCUAACACACUGCUAUCAUUUUGCUUCUCUGUGACUUACUUUGUUUACGCGUUAGCUUAUUGGUGGGGCUCCCAGCAAGUUCGAAAUGGCACCUACAACACCACAGAUUUCUUCACCGUCUUGCCGGCAUUGCUAUUCUCAGCACAGUCCGCCGGACACUUCUUCAGCUUAAGCCCGGAGAUCGCGCGUGCCAAAACUGCUGCUCGAAGUAUCUUUGGCAUGCUGGAAGCACGCUCAACCAUUUUGCCCUCUGACGAGGCCGCUUACAUGGCUUCGACAUCUCCUUCGACCCCAUCUCUGGAGAAGGCAACUGACUCGUCCCUCUCCUCGGAGAAGACAGCGGUGGAUCAGCCAAAACUGGAAUUCAGUAAAGUGUCUUUGAGCUAUCCAAAUGCUUCACGGCCUUCCUUGCGCGGAAUCGAUCUUCGCGUACAACGUGGCCAAACUGUCGCUUUCGUUGGCCCGUCUGGAGCUGGAAAGUCGUCAGCGAUGGCCUUGAUUGAGCGAUUCUAUGACACUACAGAGGGUGAUCUGUAUUUCGACGGAGUCAACGUUCGAGAUCUCGACGUCAAGACACUGCGAAGUCACAUGGGUCUCGUAUCACAGGAUCCCGAUCUAUUCUCAGGGUCGAUACUUUACAACAUCAGGCUUGGUGCUCCCUCUGGGCAGACAGUUACCGACGCCGAAGUUGAGAAGGCAUGUCGAAGAUGUGGCUUACAUGAUUUCAUCAUGAGUCUCCCGGAUGGCUACAACACCCAGUGCGGCUCCAGCAGCUCCUCACAACUCAGCGGAGGACAGAAGCAAAGAGUCGCCAUCGCCCGUGCGUUGGUUCGCGAUCCAGAGGUCCUGCUUCUAGACGAGCCCACAAGCGCUCUUGACGCGCAUAGUGAAGCUAUCGUUCAGACCGCACUGGCCGAAGCCGCAAAAGGCAGGACGACAGUAAUGGUUGCCCAUCGUCUGGCGAGUAUACAGCACGUGGACCGAAUAUUCGUCUUCGAGCACGGUAAGCUUGUUGCUGAAGGUACCCACGCAGAGCUGGUUGAGCAGGGUGGUCUCUACGCUAGCAUGGCCAAGGCCCAAAGUCUUACUUGA